AUGUCUUUGUGUGACUCGUCUCUGUUCUGCUUCAGGCUUAGCAGAUGAAGUGGAUUCAGAGUCGGCGCGGGUGAUAAUUAGCUGAUCAGAGGGAUUUUCCAAGGCAAACUGAUCGUGCAAGAUGGAAGCCCUGAUCUUGUUGACACUGGGCCUGAGUUUGGUGAUGACAAUGGAGACAGGGCACUGGUGUGAACACACCAUAGAGGAACAGGUGGAGAAGAUCAUCUCUCCCCGUCUGCAACAUCAAGUGGACUGCUCCACAGUAUUUCAGUUCAACCUGCAGGGCUGGAAGCUGGACGUGGACAGAAUGCGCCACGAGUUCGGGGGGGACGACAGCAUCGCACAGUAUUACAAAGAACAGGGUCCUAGGGCGUCUUGCUACAUGUACAAACCGGAGGUGCUGGAGAGGCGGCCGGUGAACCGCACCGUGCGGGGGUGCUGCGAAGGCUGGGUCGGGUCGCACUGCUCACAGGGGGUGAGUCCAAGAGGACUGUGUUACUCGACAUGGAGCUGCGAAGAUUUCCCUGGGGUGCACAACUCUUCCUUAAUGCCCCUGGAGCAGUGCUGCAGCAGUCUGUGGGGCCUCAGCUGGCGAAAUGCCUCGGACCACACCUGCCUUUCCUGUGCAUACACACUGCUGCCUGGUUCCCAGUCCUACCCUCUGCUUCGCGGGGGGGCUCUAGGGGGGCUCUGGGACACACAGGGCUCUGGGACAUGCCUAGCCUGGGGCGGGGCACAUUACCGUACCUUCGACCGCAAGCACUUUCACUUCCAGGGCAGCUGCACCUACAUCCUGGCCUCGUCCACCGAGGGAACGUGGGCUGUGUACAUCAGCAGUGUCUGUGACGGCCAAGGGCGCUGUGACAAGGUCUUGCGGAUGAUGUUGGGGUUAGACCUGGUGUCAAUCCAUCAGAGAAAUGUCACACUCAAUGGCUUGUUGGUCCCUCAGAACAAGGCUCUCUUUAGGGGUGGGGUGAGCAUUCAUUGGAUGGGAGACUUUGUUUUUGUGGAGAGCGGCAUCGGGGUUCGGGUGAAGUUUGACAUGGGAAACACCAUCCAUCUGACAGUCACUGCAGAACACCUCACUGCAACUAGGGGGCUAUGCGGAAUCUACAACAAUAAAGCUGACGAUGAUUUCACCACCGUGUCAGGCACCGUGACCCAGUACGCUGCCAGUUUCGGGAACUCGUGGCGUGUGCCAGAUGAACAGUCCGAGGGAUGCAGCGAUGCGGCUGAGCUUGGCCAUAGCUGUGACAUCAUCGGGGAGGCAGACCUACGGCAAGAAGCCGAGGCCGCAUGUCACAAGCUGCUGUCGAGUCCCUUCAGGCAGUGUCAUCAGCAGGUGGAUCCAGCGCCUUAUGUGGAUGCUUGCCUGUUUCUGCGGUGCAGCCUGGGGGGAGCAGAGCGGGAUGAGGGGACCUGCGACACCCUGGCCAGCUACGCCCGCGAAUGCGCCCAGCAGCAUGUCAGCAUCAGCUGGAGGGGUGCCAGACUCUGUGGUAGGAAGUGCCCCCAGGGGCAGGUAUUCUCUGACUGCGUGUCGUCCUGCCCCCCCAGCUGCUCCUCCCCACUGCCCCCCUUGUCUGGCCAGUGCAGGGAGGAGUGUGUGAGUGGUUGCGAGUGCCCCCCUGGUCUGUAUCUCCACCAGGGUACCUGCCUGCCCCGGGAACAGUGUCCCUGUUUCCACCGCCGGCAAACCUACCGGCCUGGCGAUGCCAUCCGGCAGAGGUGCAACACCUGUGAGUGCAGAGUGGGACAGUGGCAGUGCUCCAGUGAGAAAUGCGCCGCGCAGUGUACCCUGCUGGGGGCGCUGCAAAUCACCACUUUCGAUGGGAAGCGGUACAGCGUGCUUACCGGUGACUGCGGCUUCACCGCGGUGGAGGACUUUGUGGACCAUAAGCUUCUGGUGACUGUCCAGGCUGGGCCGUGUGCCUCAGGAGCAGGCCAGGGGUGCCUGAGAGAGAUGGCCAUCACUGUGCUCCGUACCUCUGUGACCGUCUCUGAUUCUGGUGCAGUAACUGUGAAUGGCCAGAGGAUGGCACUCCCUGUGGUGACGUCAGACCUGACCGUGCGGCGCGCCUCCUCCUCCUUCAUCGCGGUGCAGACAUUUGGCGCGCAGUUACUGUGGCACCUGGAAGGACCCUAUGCCCUUGUCACACUGCAGCCGGGGUUCGCCCACAAGGUCAGAGGGCUGUGCGGAACCUUGACAUGGAGUCAGCAUGACGACUUCACCACCCCAGAGGGCGACACAGAAAGCGGCGUCACGUCCUUCGCCAGCAAGAUGGCCCUGGGGGGCUGCAUGCCCCCCUUGGGGGUGUCACCCGACCCCUGUGUCACCUACCCCCAGAGGAGGCAGCAGGCAGGGAGUGUUUGUGGCAUAAUCCAGAGCAGCAUCUUUCAGCCGUGCCAUGAUGUGGUGGAGCGGGAGCCCUACAUACGCCUGUGUCACGCGAAGGUGUGCGGCUGUGCACCGCAGAGCCAGUGUCAGUGCACAGUCCUCGUCGCCUACGCCCGGCACUGCGCCCAGGAGGGGGUGCUCAUAAGCUGGAGGAAUCACACCUUCUGCCCUGUUCAGUGCUCGGGGGGGCAGGUGUACCAGGAAUGCGGCCGUCCAUGCGGAGGCUCCUGCGCAGACCUCCACCAAGGCUGGAGCUGUCAGGGGGAGGCACACAGCUGUGUACCAGGCUGUCAGUGCCCUUCGGAGCUGGUACAGGAUGAGCAUGGACAAUGUGUGCCUGCUGCCUUGUGCCCCUGCAUGUAUGGGGACGGGGUCUACCAGCCCGGCAGUACCAUCCAGAACAACUGCAAUACCUGCGUAUGUGAAAGGGGUGUGUGGAACUGCACAGAGGAGCCCUGUCCGGCCCUGUCACCAUGCCCCCCCGGCCUGGAGUACUCCCCCCAGUCCUGCCUACGCACCUGCUCCAGCCUGGAUUCACACCCAGAGCCAUGCCCAGAGCCCAUCCAGGGCUGUGUCUGCCCUGCUGGCAGCGUGCUGCUGGGCGACCGCUGCGUGCCUCCGUCAGAGUGUCCGUGCCACCACAAUGGCAGGCUGUACUACAGCAACGACACCAUUACCAGAGACUGCAACACAUGUGUAUGCCGGGAACGGCGUUGGCAUUGCGGCCACGCUCUCUGUGCGGGCACCUGCAUUGCCACGGGCGACCCGCACUAUGUGACGUUCGACGGGCGCGCCUUCACCUUCCUGGGUGACUGUGAGUACGUGCUGGCACGGGAGGUGGGGGGCCACUUCAGCAUCAACGCUGAGAACAUGCCAUGCGGCAGCACCGGUGUCACAUGCACCAAGUCCGUCACCUUCACGGUGGGCGGCAUCGCCGUGCAUCUGCUGCGAGGAAAGGCGGUGUCUGUGAACGGCAUGCCCGUGGCCCUGCCCAAGGCCUAUUCGGGCAGCGGGCUGCAUCUGGAGCGGAUCGGCCUCUUCGUGUCCCUCUCGUCCCGACUUGGAAUCACCGUGCUGUGGGAUGGAGGGAUGCGGGUGUACAUUCGUCUCUCUCCCAAGUUCCGAGGAAGAGUUGCAGGGCUGUGUGGAAAUUUUGAUGGGGAUGCCGAGAAUGACUUCACCACGCGUCAGGGCAUUAUAGAGUCCACAGCCGAGCUCUUUGGGAAUUCCUGGAAAGUCAGUCCGACCUGUCCCGACGUCCAGAGCCAGGAUCUCCGCGAUCCGUGCACCGAAAAUCCGCACCGGGUGCCGUGGGCACGGAGGCGCUGUUCUGUGAUCACACAGGAGCUCUUUGCUCCAUGCCAUGCUGAGGUGGCCUUCCAGCAGUUCUAUGACUGGUGUGUCUUCGAUGCCUGCGGUUGUGACUCUGGUGGGGACUGUGAGUGCCUGUGCACUGCCAUUGCUGCUUACGCUGAGGAAUGUAACCGCCGGGGGAUCUACAUCCGCUGGAGGUCCCAGGAACUCUGCCCCCUGCAGUGUGAGAAUGGUCUGGUGUACAAGUCUUGUGGCCCAGCUUGCAAACAAAUGUGCCCCAGCAGUAUACAUAACCCCAACUCCCCAUGCAGUGCCCUCUCCUGUGUGGAGGGCUGUUUCUGCGAGUCUGGGACUGUCUGGCAUGGUCAUGGAUGUAUUGCACCUUCGUCCUGCCCCUGUGAGUGGGAAGGCUCUCUGUUUCCUCCUGGGUCCUAUAUUGAUCAGGACUGCCAGAAUUGCUCAUGCCAGGCAGGGAGUUGGCUCUGUGAGGGGUCUUCCUGUAUCCCAGAAUCCCUGUGCCUCGAGUCCGAGUUCCAAUGCGUGGGGGGACGUUGUAUUCCAGCUCAGUGGAGGUGUGACAAUGAGGACGAUUGCGGGGAUGGCUCAGACGAGCUCUGCCCCUCCACCUACUGUGGUGCCACGUGCGGAACCGGAGAGUUUCGCUGUGUGGGAGGCCGCUGCUUGGCAUACAUCCACCGGUGCGAUGGGCAUGAUGACUGCGGGGACCUCAGCGAUGAACGGGGCUGUGUAUGCGCAGCAGGAGAGUUACAAUGCCCAGGUGACCUGUGUGUGCCCGCUGAGAGGGUAUGCGAUGGGGUGCCGGACUGUCCCUCUGGGACAGACGAGGCCGUGUGCCCGCCAGGAGUAACCUGCGCCCCUGGUCAGUUCCUCUGUGCCGAUGGCACCUGCGUGUCCCAGGUGAAGCUGUGUGACGGGUCCAUGGACUGCCAGGGUGGGGAGGAUGAGAAUCAGACUGUCUGUCAGCCCAUAUCGCCCACAGCGAUGCCAGUGGUGACGCCCUCCCCAGUGCCCAGCCCUGGAUGUGGGCACCAUGAGUUUCGCUGCCUUGAUGGACACUGCGUGCCGUUGGCCUGGCGCUGCGACGGGGAGACCGACUGCAUUGGUGGUGAAGAUGAACAGACCUGCCAGGGGCCCUGUGGCCCCGGCCAGUUCCCCUGCCGUACCGGAGGCCAGUGCAUCGAGCACCAGCAGCUGUGUGAUGGCUCGCCCCACUGUCGGGACAGCUCUGACGAGAGCGAAGACAACUGUGGCUCCUUGAAAAUCCCACCCUGUCCUGGGAGCUUCCAGUGCGAUAACCGCACUUGCGUGAAUAUGUCCCAUGUGUGCAACGGCAUGCCGGACUGUCCACAUGGCGAGGAUGAAUGGAUGUGUGACCAGAGAACCACUUCACCUCCGGUCUCUAGAAACACCAGCAAGUCAUGCCCAGAGUACACUUGCCUCGAUGGCAGAUGUAUCACCUUCAAAGAGGUAUGCAAUGGUAUCCCAGAAUGCCCUGAAAGCACAACCGCAUUGGAGGGAGGCCCAUCAGAUGAACGGGGUUGCCGGACCUGGAGCCCCUGGGGUCCUUGGAGCCCCUGCAGCCGCUCCUGUGGGUCUGGGUCCCAGAGCCGACAGCGACAGUGCCCCCUGGGGGAUCCUCUGCGCCACUGUAGGGGAGAGGACACCCAGAAACAAAGUUGUUUUUCCGUUUCCUGCCCAGUUGAUGGAGAGUGGUUGCCAUGGGUAACAUGGUCAAACUGCACUAAGGGAUGUGGAGGUGUUGAAGUGCGUCAUAGGGGGUGUGUCCCACCUCAGAAUGGGGGCAAGGCCUGCACGGAGCUGCCGGGACAGCCCACCAUUGCCAUGGAGAUCAAACCCUGUCCCCAAGACAAGUGCUCCAAUGCCUCCUGCCCUGAGGGCCUCGUCCGAUGGAAGUGUGCCCCCUGUCCCCUGACCUGUGCCCACCUGAGCAAUGAGGGCUCCUGCGAGAGUAAACCUCCUGGCUGCUUUUCAGGAUGCUGGUGUCCUGAGGGCCAAGUGAUGAGCCACACGCAGCAGUGUGUAAGGCCAGAGGAGUGCAUCUGUGAGGUGUCUGGUGUGCGCUACUGGCCUGGGCAGCAGGUCAAGGUGGGCUGUGACAUUUGUACCUGUGACAAAGGAAGACCCCAACACUGCAAGCCCAACCCAGAGUGUUCAGUGCAUUGUGGGUGGUCCACCUGGUCGCCGUGGGGCGAGUGCCUGGGCCCCUGUGGUGUGCAAAGUGUGCAGUGGUCCUUCCGCAGCCCUAAUAACCCCAGCAAGCAUGGCAACGGCCGGCAGUGCCGGGGCAUCUACCGCAAGGCCCGCCGCUGUCAGACCGGGCCCUGCAGGGAUUGCGAGUUCCAGGGCCGCAGCCACGCCGUCCGGGACCAGUGGAAGCUGGGACAGUGCCAGCUGUGUCAAUGCCUGCCCAACCUGACUGUGCAGUGCGCCCCCUACUGCCCACACGAUGCAGGCUGCCCCCAGGGACAGACUCUCAUUCCUAGAGAUGGGGAGAGAUGUUGCUAUUGUAAGGAGACUGAGGAAUGCUGGGCUCCUCUUGGAGUGCGCCAUCUCCCGGAUUCCAGUUUCAGCGCAUCCUCACACCAGGACAGCCGGCCCCCUUGGGCGGGUCGACUGGAUGCAAGGAACCCUCACAGCGACCUGCAGGGCUGGAGCCCAGAACCGGAGAAGUACCGUUCGCUGCCCCUUUGGACCCCUGAAGGCGGCUUCGGUGACCGUGGGGACAGUGGCGUGAACCCUCCGUACCUACAGCUGGACCUCCUGAAGCCUCGGAACAUUACGGGUAUUAUAACCCAAGGAGGGGGCGCAUUUGAUGCCUAUGUGUCGAGUUUCUACCUGCAAUUUAGCAAUGAUGGUCAGCAAUGGUUCUCCUAUCAGGAGCUGAUCACUGAUGUCCAUGCCCGAGCAAAGGUGUUCCUCGGUAACCAUGAUGACAGCAGCAAGGCCCGGGUGCAGCUAGACAGAAUGGUGUCCGCCCGGUUUGUCCGUGUGCUCCCUCGUGACUUCCAGAACGGCAUAUACCUGAGGGUGGAGCUGUUGGGCUGUGCAACAGGGUUCCAGCCCCCCCUGACAUCACCAAGCCCUCUGCCUUGCCCAGAUGGACAGUUCUCUUGCCCUCCACUAGGACCUUGUGUCGGGGUGGCUCAACUCUGCAACGGAGUUCCUGAUUGUCUAGAUGCAGCCGAUGAAUUGGGAUGUUUCACUCAAGACAAGAUGACCACCCCAGGCCCAGGAGUGGAGAGGCCCCUGAGUAAUGGAAGUGUCACCCACAUCACACCCACCCCCUCCUCUCUCAGGACACCCCAAAUGCCCUCUUUCUCGCUGCCGACACAAGGAAUAGAAGGCCCAACAUACAGAGGGCCGUGUUCCUCGCCCUUGGGCAUGGAGGAUGGCCGCAUCAGGUACGGCCAGCUGACCUCCUCUACCCACUGGGAGGACAAUCCUGCGGACGCCGGCCGACUCAACGUCGUGCCCAACGUCCUUGUCAUGGAGCCUGGGUGGAGCCCCCGACCAGAUGACCCCCAGCCAUACCUGCAGGUGGACUUCCUGGAGCCUGCCUGGGUGUCAGGCGUGGUGACACAGGGCAGCGAGCUUGGGCCGGGGGGCUACCUCAGCAAAUACCGCCUGGCGUUCAGCCUGGAUGGCAGCCACUUCACUGACUACAAGGAAAACACAGAGAAGGGCCCUCAAAUCAAGGUGUUCGAAGUCCGCAUGGUGGGCAGGAGGCCGGUGACUCGCUGGCUGACCCGGCUGAACCAGGCCCGCUACCUCCGCAUCAUCCCCGUGGAAUUCCGCCACACCUUCUACCUGCGGGCCGAGAUCCUGGGCUGCAGAGAUCUUGAGCUGGUUACUCCAGGGGGUGGCACUGUUAUAAAGGGGCUGUGCACGGCGGGUGAGUUUCCGUGUGACAGCGGAGGUUGUAUCCCACUGACCGCGCUCUGUAAUGGACGGCCAGAUUGCGGUGAUCGCUCAGACGAGCUCAACUGUGGUACCACUGGAGCACCAGGUGUCUGGAACCGGUCUAGUCCCACAGUGGGGCCAGAUCUGGGCCGUAUCACCACACCGCCAGCUGUGGAGAGUCUCUCGCCUCCCUCUGGAACCCCUGGCCCCCUCUCUCCCCCUUCAGACGAAGGGCUUCCCAGAGUCCUGUGCAUGGAGGGCCAGUUUGCCUGCCGUGUGUUCGGUUGUGUGGACGCCGCGCUCAUCUGUGACGGCCAGGAUAACUGCCCUGAUGGCUCAGAUGAAGACCAGUGCGGUGGUCCACCCCCGACUCCUGAACUUGUGGUGACAACAGGGCGCCCCCUAGUGCCGAGUCCUUGUUCUUCGAAACAGUUCUCCUGCGGCAGUGGGGAGUGUAUCCACCUGGACCGGUGGUGCGACCUUAGGCUGGAUUGUCUCGAUGGCUCAGACGAGAGGAGCUGUGUGGACUGCAUCCUGUCCCCCUGGACGCAGUGGAGCCAGUGCAGUGCCUCGUGUGGCCUGGGCUCCCUCUUUCGGCAGCGGGAGAUCCUGCGUCAGGCCCGGCCCGGCGGGGAGUGUGGGGGGACGCUUUUCGACAGCCGGGCAUGUUUUAACCACGCCUGCCCUGUGGACGGUCAGUGGGCGGAGUGGAGCAGCUGGUCACAGUGUAAUGCCCCCUGUGGCGGAGGCCUACGGACAAGGAACCGCAGCUGUUCCGACCCACCCCCUAAGAACGGCGGCCGUGACUGUCAGGGCCUGACAGUGCAGACGCACAGCUGCAACGGGCAGUCCUGUGGCUUCGACGUGGACUUGCAGACAGGCUGCAGCAGUGGGAUGGUGCUGGUGACAGAGGGGGACUGCCGGGCCGGAAGGACCAGAGGGUGUCCGCGUACAUGCCUGGAACUUUCCUCUCCGAACGAUUGCCCCUCACAGUGCAUCCCAGGAUGCCACUGUCCAGCUGCUCAGUAUGCACAAGAUGGUCGCUGUGUCAAGGCCAGUCGGUGUGUUUGCCACUGGGAUGGGCGGGUUCUUCAGCCGGGGGAGGUCCUCAAAGAGAACUGCAGCACGUGUCUCUGCCGAGACGGACAAGUCUCCUGCAGCAGCAGCCCCUGUGAGGCGGGCUGCUAUUGGUCGGCCUGGUCUUCAUGGGCGCCAUGUGAAAGUGCCCCCUGUGGAGUUGGUGUGCAGCAGCGGUACAGGUAGUCGCUCCUGACCCCAUCCAAUGGGACGGAGAGUCCCUCCUGCCCCGGGGACACCUCAGACGCCCGUCAGUGCUUUGUGCCCUGCCCCCCAGGUGACCAGCGGCACUGGGGCGAGUGGACGGCCUGGUCUCAGUGCAGUAAGACGUGCUUCCUGCAUGUGGACGACGUGGGCCUCAGAAAGCGAUUCCGCAGCUGCAACGGCACAGACGGCGGCUCCUGCGACGGCGAGACUGAGGAACAAGAGCCCUGCAACACAGUUCUGUGCCCCGUCGCUGGUACCUGGUCCCCCUGGUCCCCGUGGUCCUCCUGUUCGUCGGAGUGUGACUCCGGCUCUCAGACCAGGCAGCGUCUGUGUGACUCGCCCCCUCCCCUGUAUGGGGGCGAUGGCUGCCCCGGGCCGCAAAUCCAGACACGGGACUGCAACACUCAGCCCUGCUCAGGGGCGUGUCCCGAGGGCAUGACCUACCUGAGCGUCGACCAAUGCCGGGCGCAGGGUGGGGCCUGUCCCCGUGUGUGUCUGGACCUGACGCCCUCUGUGGCGUGUGCCACCGACUGCUAUGACGGCUGCUACUGCUCUCCUAGCCUCUACCUCCUCAACGGCUCCUGCGUGCCCCUGUCGGCGUGCCUCUGCUACCACCAGGGGGUGCUCUACUCCCCAGGGGCCAGCAUGUCACUGGAUGCCUGCAACAACUGCACAUGCAUUAAUGGAGAGAUGGAUUGUGGGACAGCACCCUGCCCUGUGCACUGUGGCUGGAGUGCCUGGACGCCGUGGAGCGCGUGCAGUCGGACCUGCGAUGUGGGCGUGAGGAGGCGCUACAGGUCACCCAGCAAUCCGGCUCCGGCCUUCGGGGGGCGCCCCUGCAAGGGCAGCCGGGUGGUGAUGGACACCUGUAGCCUGGAGCCUUGUCAGGGAGCCCGGCAGCCUUGGGGAGCGUGGUCCGAAUGUUCUGUGCCCUGUGGUGGGGGCUACAGAAACCGGACUCGUGGGCCUCCCAGAACCCAUGGCAUGAUGCAGCAGUUCAGUGCCUGCAAUGUGCACCCAUGCGGUAAUGAGUCUGGCUGCCCCGGGGACCAGGAAUUGGUGGCCUGUGUCCGGCGUCCUGCUUCCUGUUCUGACCUCAGUACUGAAUUCGACAACAGCAGCUGCACCACAGGCUGUCAGUGCCGGUCCAGUCUGCUGCUCCAGGACGGAAACUGUGUCUCUGCAGCUCAGUGCCGCUGCUAUGUGGACGGUGAGCAGUUUGAGCCAGGAGACACCAUCACUCAAGGCUGCAGGAACUGCUGAUGCCCCUGUCACUGCCCCACAGUGGACGGCCUGUGGUCUGCCUGGACCCCCUGGAGUGAUUGCACUGCCCCCUGUGGGCCAGGCCUGCAGUCCCGCUACCGCUUCUGCUCUAGUCCUCCCCGGUCCGGGCAGGGACUGCCCUGUCUUGGACCUGACCGUCAGGACCAGCUAUGCGUUCAAGCUCCCUGUGACCGUGAUGGAGAUUGGGGUGAAUGGACCCCUUGGACGGAAUGUACCAAGUCAUGCGGUGGGGGUAUGCAGUCCCGUCAACGGGAAUGUGACAGCCCCACCCCUGAGGGGAAGGGAGACUUCUGUGAAGGCCUGGGCAACGAGAUUCGAUCCUGUAACACCGAUCACUGCCCCGUGGCCCCCUGCACCGAGGUCCCUGGGACGGCUUUCAGCAGCUGUGGCCCCUCCUGUCCUCGGUCCUGUGAUGACCUGGCUUACUGCGAGUGGCGCUGUGAGCCAGGCUGCUAUUGUACGGGGACACGUGUCCUGGGCCAGAACGGGACAUCCUGUGUUCAGACUGAGGACUGCCCCUGUCUGGACAUAGCGACCGGCCAGCGACUGGUGUCGGGGGAAACUGUGCCGUCCUCCGAUGGCUGUAACAACUGUACCUGUGAGGGUGGGAGGAUCACCUGUACCCGCAGACCCUGUCCCGUGGCAGGAGGCUGGUGCGAGUGGUCCAGCUGGAUGCCAUGCUCGCGGACGUGCGGGGCGGAGUGGGUGUCCCGGUACCGUAGCUGCGGGUGCCCCGAGCCCAAGGCAGGCGGCCCAGCCUGCCCUGGGGAGCAGGAAGUCCAUGGUGGGAUGGGGGUGCAGAUCCAGAGGCAGCCCUGUCCCUCAGUCACCUUCUGUCCUGUCAACGGCCUUUGGGGGUCCUGGAGCGCCUGGACAGAGUGUGACGCGUGUGCGGGGGCGUCAACGCGCAGCCGUAUCUGCAGCAGCCCCCCGGCCCGCUUUGGCGGCCUGCCCUGCCCCGGGGAGACACGUCAGAGCCGUGGCUGCCAUGACAACGGCACCAUCUGUUUGGACUGUGCUGGGGGGCAGGAGGAAUGGCCAUGUGGAAAGCCCUGCCCGCGCUCCUGCUCUGAUCUCUACAGCGACACAGAGUGUAUCGACGGCCAGGGGUGUGAACCCUCCUGCGGCUGCCCCGACGAGCUGCUCCUGCAGGACGGCCUCUGUGUGCGGCGGGAUGAGUGUCGCUGCAAGUUCCCCAACAGCACCACUGUAUCCAUAAUUGUAUACUCUCUCCUCUCCUCCAAUCCUCCGCCAGGUGGGGUGGACUCAGCCAACGCCUCAUGGGGAUGGCCCGGCGUCUCCGACUGGCACUUCAUGGACGCUGGGGCGACUAUCACCAGUGCCUGUAAAAACUGUACUUGUGAGGAUGGUGUUCUGCAGUGUCAGUCAUUACCCGGUUGCUAUGUGGAUGGCGCAUGGAGCCAAUGGGGACCUUGGACGGAGUGCCCCGGGUUUGAUUGGUCGCCCUGGACAGCGUGCUCGGUCAGCUGUGGGGGCGGGGAGCAGUCACGAUCACGCACCUGCCACUCACCAACCUGCCAGGGGGUGAGGCGGCAGAGCAAGACCUGCAACACCCAGGUGUGCCUUGAGGUGGGAUGCCCCGCUGGCCGCCUGUACCGGGAGUGCGAGUGGGGGGAGGGCUGCCCUUUCAGCUGCGCCCAGGUCAGUGGGCGGGAGGAUUGCUAUAGUGACAGCUGUGACGAAGGCUGCCACUGCCCCCCCAGGAUGUACCUGCACCGGGGCUCCUGUGUGCAGGAGUGCCCUUGUGAGGUUAACCUGGAGCUCCUGUCUUUGCUGAGGAACGUGUUGGUGACACCAGCUGUAAGCCCUGCCCCUCGAGAUUCUGAUGGGCAGAACCUGACGCUGGGGGCAGAGCUACGGCCAGGGGAUGCACUGACGCAUGAGUGCAGCACUUGCCAAUGCCAACAUGGACAGUGGAAUUGCUCACUUAUCCCCUGCCCACGUAAUGGGGGCCCAUCCCCCUGGGGUCCUUGGGGCCCCUGCUCGCUGUCCUGCGGCGGCCUGGGUGAGAAGUCCCGAACCCGGACCUGCAGCAACCCGGCCCCCGCACACGGAGGCAAGGACUGUGAGGGACCACUGCAGGAGCAUGCUUACUGCCAGACCCCGGACUGCCCAGACGAGAACGCCGGCUUCUCUCCGUGGUCCCUGUGGAGUGCCUGCUCUCGGUCAUGCAGCAACGCUCGUGCCCCCGCCUGGAAGAGUCGGAGGCGGGAGUGUGUGAGACCACCUUGCUCCGGAGAGCAAAGCCAGGAGACUGUCUGUAACCUGCCCCAGUGUCCUGACGGGGGGCCUUGCUGGGAUGAAAACUGUGUCAGGAGGAACUGCUCAUGGACAGAGUGGGCGGACUGGACCCCCUGCUCACGCUCUUGCGGUGUUGGGCAGCAGCAGCGCAUCAGAACAUACCUGGCCCCUGGUGGUAAUGGAUCCUGGUGCGAGGACAUCCUGGGGGGCCACAUGGAGAGCCGCUUCUGCAACAUCCGGGCCUGCAGAGUGGAUGGCGGCUGGUCCCGCUGGAGCCCCUGGUCGCGCUGCGACAGCCUAUGCGGGGGUGGCCGUUCCAUCCAGACGCGCUCCUGCACCAGCCCGCCUCCCAAAAACGGGGGACGCUCGUGCAAGGGGGACAGGAACCAGGUGAAACCCUGCAACACUAAGCCCUGUGAUGACCAGGGUUGCCCGCUGGGUCAGGAGUUUGCGCCGUGUGCCAAUGUGUGCCCACAGCGCUGCUCGGACUUGCAACGGGGCAUCCGGUGUCAGGAGGACGAUGGGUGCCAGCCCGGCUGCCGCUGCCCAACAGGCCAGCUGCAGCAGGACGGCGCCUGCGUACACGUGUGGCAGUGUGACUGCACCGACUCCCAGGGUCACAGCUGGGCCGCUGGCAGCUGGCACCAGGACGACUGCAACAACUGCAGCUGCGCAGACGGCCUCCUGUCCUGCACCAACCGGAGCUGUACAGAAGCUCCCUGCUCCUGGAGUGCGUGGUCCGCCUGGGCGUCCUGCAGCGCCUCCUGCGGACCUGGCCACAGGACCCGAUUCCGAUCAAUGGUCCCGAAAUCUGAUGGUGCUGACUGCCAUUUGGAGGAAGUGCAGAGGAAACCAUGUGACCUAGGGCCAUGCCCGCCCCUUUGUAUCCAUGAUGACCAAGAGCUGAUUGUGGGUGACACGUGGCUGCAGGGGGAGUGUAAGCAAUGCACCUGCACUCCUGAGGGAGACUAUUGCCAGGAUGUCAAGUGUCAAGUGGACGGUGGGUGGACGCCCUGGUCCGUGUGGUCUGACUGCCCUGUGACCUGCGGCCGUGGGACCCGCAUCCGCACCCGUGCCUGCAUAAACCCCCCUCCUCGUAACAACGGCACGUUCUGCCCCGGAGAUGAGAGGGAGGCCCAGGACUGCCGCGCCCCACCCUGCCUCAACGACUUUUGCCCUUGGUCCCAGUGGUCCUCCUGCUCUCGCACCUGCGGCGCUGGGGUCACGUUUCGUCGCAGGAGGUGCGUGUGUGCCGAGGGGGGAGAUGCCCCGUGCCCAGCGGAGCUGGAGGGGGCGCAGGAGGAAGAGGAGACCCGGCUGUGCUACAAGCAGCCCUGCCUAGACUGCCCAAUGUCUGAUUGGAGUGAAUGGACCACAUGCUCCUGCCAGUCUCAGAGGGAGCAGCGCUAUCGUGCACCACUCUCUGCUGCCAUCAGGGGGCAGCAGUGCCCAGAGCUUCAGACAGAGAGCAGGACCUGUCAACCUCAACAUUGCCUGGAGUGCAAAGAGCCGUUCCAGUACUCUGACUGCGGCUCUCCCUGUGAAAAGCUCUGUGCACUUCAAGGACACAAUGGCACAUGUGCCGGGCCCCCGGUGUGCACACCUGGCUGCUACUGUCCUCAGGGCCUUCUUCAGCAGAACGGGACCUGUAUUCCCCCCGGGCAGUGUGGUUGCACGGUCCUGCUCCACCAACUGCAUGGGAGGCCUGUUUCCAUCACCAUCCAGCAGGGGGAGACGGUGACCGUAGGCUGCAGUACCUGCCUGUGUCAGGAUGAAGGCCUGCAUUGUGACAGUCGCGAGUGUGAGGUAUCCCUCAGUGAGUGGUCAGAAUGGACUCCCUGCUCUCCCUGUGUGCUGCCACCCACCCCGCAUGCCACCAUGGCCCUCCUGGAUGCCGUGCGGCCGCUGUCCUUUCAGCGCCGGUACCGCGCUUGCCUGGACCUGGACUCCGGGUUGCCCAUCAGCAAUGAAGAGGAGGGCAGCUGUGGGGCGGAGCUGGAGGAGGAGCGGCCAUGUCUGGACCCCGCUGUCUGUCUGGAUGUGUGCCAGUGGAGCGUUUGGGGCCCCUGGAGCGCCUGCCAGGAGCCCUGCAGUGGAGGCUUCCGUCAGCGUCACAGGACACGCCAGGACAUCCCCAUGGGGCCCCAGUGUCGGGGUCAGCAAUCCCAGACUCAGAGCUGCAACACUGCCCUCUGCCCAGGUGAGAGGUGCGAGGACAGAGGUCGCAUAUAUGAGGAGUCCUGUGCCAACCAGUGUCCUCGGAGCUGCACGGAUCUUUGGGAGCAUGUGCAAUGUCUGCAGGGAGCCUGUCAGCCUGGUUGCAGAUGCCCUGACAGCUGGCUCACACAGGACGGACAAUGUGUCUCCAAGUCCGAGUGCCGUUGUGGCAUCCCUAUGGAAAAUGGUACCCUGGAGAUCUUACCUGGAGAGGUCGUCAUGAUAGACUGCAACAACUGUACAUGCGAGAAUGGCUUCCUGGCUUGCAGUGACCUGCCCUGCCCUGUGUAUGGAUCAUGGGGGCCCUGGGGCAGCUGCUCUGCCUCUUGCGGGUUUGGAUACCAGAACCGCAACCGCACGUGCCGGCACAUAGCCGGCGGACCGCCAUGCGAGGAAACGAGCCAGACCCAGCCCUGUCUCCUGCCCUCCUGUCCAGUGGGUUGCAUGCUCAGCGAUUGGUCCUCCUGGAGCACAUGCAGCGUCUCUUGUGGAGGAGGCGUGUUGGUGCGGAACAAGACCGUCCUGCAGGUGCCCCAGCCUGGUGGAGAGGAGUGUCCCUCGCCUUUGGAGCAGCACACUGCCUGUAAUAUACAAAGCUGCCUGCCAGACUGCACUGGAGGCCAGGUGUUCAGUGCGUGCGCAGGCGUCUGCCCCUACACGUGUGAGGACCUGUGGCCUGAGACCCAGUGUGUGCCAGGGCCCUGCCAACCAGGCUGCACCUGCCCGCCCGGCAAGGUCCUGCUCGAGGGAUCGUGCGUUCCUCACGAGAAGUGCCCGUGCUCCUCGUUCUUACUCCAUGGACCCCAAAACCUGACCUCAGAGGAGCAGAAGCAGGAGCUUCCUCCUGGGACGGUCCUUCAGCAUCUCUGUAACACCUGCGUUUGCCAAGGCGGCGUGUUUAACUGCACUGAAGACACCUGCGAUGCAUGCCCCCCAGGAGAGCGCUGGAGGAGGAGCGUUCAGGGGACGCCUUUCUACUGUGAGAGGAACUGUGCCGAGAUGUACGAGGCCACGCCCCCUAGCUGCGGCGGCCCCGGGGUGGGGGUUGGGGGGAGCUGUGUGUGCCAGGAGGGUCUAUACCGCAGCAGUGGGGGCGAGUGCGUUAUCGCCGCGCUGUGUGAGUGCCAGGAGACCGGGACGCUCCGAGAGGCAGGAUCUGAGUGGGCGGAAGGGUGCCAAGCGUGCCGCUGUGUGAAUGGGCAGAAACAGUGCCACUCCAGCUGCCCUUCCCUGCACUGUGAGGAGGGGGAAGUGAAGAUUCUGGAACCUGGAAGCUGCUGUCCAGCGUGCAGGGUGGAGUUUCCUGGGGAACCCGAGGCGCAAUGUCGGCGCUUCACAGAGGUCAGGAAUAUCACCAAAGGCAACUGUCGCCUGGACAACGUGGAAGUCAGUUACUGCAGGGGCCGCUGUCUGUCUGGGACGUAUGUUAUUCCGGAGGAGCCCUAUCUGCAGGCUUCCUGUGACUGCUGCAGCUACCGGCUGGACCCCCGGAGCCCCGUGCGCUUCCUCAGCCUGCAGUGCGACAGCGGGGAGACAGAACCGGUGGUGCUUCCUGUCAUCCACAGCUGCGAGUGCACCAGCUGUCAGGGAGGGGACUUGUCCAGACGCUGAUCUCACUUAGUGGGAUGAAGGGACUUUCCCGGACAGCGCGAGAGUCUUCUGCCUCUUUCUUGAGUCCGAAAAUUAAGAUUUACCGUAGCGUGUAGUCAUUAUAUGACUGGAUUCCCUUGUUAUAGAGUACUUUAUGAAACUCACUGAGAUUGUUAUUCUGUACAGCUUUUAAUAUGUCAUUAAUAAAGUUCAAGCAUCGGCUACAAA